AACUCGUCAACCCAUGUACGCCUCUCUCGUUCGUCGCCAGCUCGGCGGGCUCGUCCCUCCAAAAAUCGCCACCCCCAAGCUCGUCUCGGGAGGGUCAGGCGAAGGUCUCGCGCCCCUCGUCAACUUUUACUCGAAGCUCCCGAAGGGUUCUGCUACCGCGCGGACUGGUGGAAUCAAAGCGCGCUAUUUUCUCGGGAACAACGUGUCUGGUGGGCCCUACCUAGCACUGAUUCUCGGGUUGCUUGGUAUUGGGUAUACUCUUGACUACCAAACGCACUUGAAGCAUCACAAGAACCACGCCCACUAACUGACAAAUUGCGUUAUUCGGUGGAGAGGUCUUCAAUAGAGCAAUGUGUAGUCAAUGGAUCAUUUACGAUUACCAUCAUCCAAUGCCUUGCGCUCGACCAUAUGUUCCAAGGACCUCUAAGGAAACAAAUCGCGACAUUUCUACCAAGUUACGACAGCGGCACAGGGUGAAAAAUGGUGCUUUGAGAUAAAUGUUGCCCUCCCGUUAUAUCUCUGUUGUAUGCCUGUUGCCUGUCACUUUUGGAAAGAAGCACCGAG